ACCACCCUCUCCACCCCAUCCUCGCCGUGUAUACUCAACAAACACAGAUCAGAACUGAAGAAAAGAUCAACAACGUAACGAAUUGAAGCUGCUAAUUAAGCGAUGACAACUUUGGUCGUAGAAGAACCAAUUCUAUGUAGACUCCAACGCCUUGACAACAUCCUUAAACAAGUGGAGGCAAUGAGAGGCGGCGGCGGGAAUCAAUCCCCGGCGAAGAGCUCCACAGCGUCGUCGUCUACGGCGACAAGCAGCGAAGGGCAGGCGGCGGCGGCGUCGUCAUCCGCUGAGUUUUCUCCGAAAAGCUUGGAGAAGCAUUGCCGUCCGAUUGAUGAUGUGAUAAUGGAGGCAGAGGCGAAAGGCACCCUGAUUGAAAGGCUGGUGAACGUAGAAGAGCGCGUGGCCAAACUCUGCAUGCACCUCCACCAAGAAUUGGAGGCUCUCAAGACCACUAAAGAGGCCACCAUGCACACCACCACGACCACCGCUCCGCCGCCGCCUGCGGCGGCGCACAAGUCGCCCAAGAAGGGUUUCAAGAGCUUCGUGAAGUCUUGUGUGAAAGGAAAGGAAAAAGGAAGAGGAUAAUGCAAUAUUAUAUGUAUGUAUGUAUGUAUUUUGUUUUUAUUUAAUUUAGGUAAUCUCAAUUUGGUCGAUUUCAGCAAUCAGCUCACGGUUAGACCUCGAUCUUUAAGUCAGGCUAUUCAUGAGCUUUAUUCAGUUGACGAAUCAACUAUGGAGUGAAGCGACCUAAUUAUGUAUGUUUUGUUUGGACUAAUUCCAGUCUUAAUUACUAAACUAUAUAUAUUGGGUCU